AUGCACUUCUCCCUUCUCUCCCUCCUUGCUCUUGGUACCGCAGUUGUCUCUGCCGCACAGGGACCGCUCAUCACCAAUAUCGUUUACCUUGACAUCAAGCACGGCGACAAGGAACUCGGCCGAAUAGAAAUCGGCCUCUAUGGUAAGACUGUACCCAGGACGGCAGAGAACUUCAGGGCCCUUGCUACGGGUGAGAAGGGUUUUGGUUACAAGUCUUCCGGCUUCCACCGUGUUAUUAAGGAUUUCAUGAUUCAAGGUGGUGAUUUCACCACGGGCGGCAAGAGCAUCUACGGUGACAAAUUUGACGAUGAAAACUUCAAGCUCAAGCAUACCCGUCCCUUCCUCCUCUCCAUGGCCAAUGCAGGUCCCAACACACAGGGCUCACAAUUCUUCAUUACCACUGCCGUGACGUCUUGGUUGGAUGGUCGACAUGUCGUGUUUGGUGAAGUGACCAAGGGAAUGGAAAUUGUUCGACAAAUUGAAGAUGUCCCCAAAGGUCCUGGUGACAAGCCUAAGGAGAAGGUUGAGAUUGUCGAUUCGGGCGAGUUGAAGGUAGAGACCCCUUUCCACUCUGAGCUCUAG